AUGGAAGAAGUGUUCAAGGCUGCCACGUUUGAGAUCACCCGUUUGGUGGAAGAUAUAUUUUUGGUAGAAGUCAAGCAGUGCAGGGAACAAGUGUGCACCCUCAAAAGAAGACUCAAACUGGCUGAGAGCAAAAGGAAGCGAAGAGAGGCAGCAGAUAAUCGGGGAUGUAGGAACUGUGGCUGUGCAAAUGCUGGGCAGCCUCAGGUGUCAAAUGAGAAGGCAGUGAAUGUACAGACAGAAAUAAGUGUCAAACAGGAACAAGAAAUGCCUGAAGAAGUCAAAUAUGAAAUGAAAUCCCCAAUGGCCUCCCCGAGUAAACAACAGGAUUCUUCAGAUAUUCGAAACUUGAUAAAUGUUGUGAAAAUGGAAAGCAAUGAAGAUGAACCCAGCGUUGGACCAAGCCGCCAAGUGAUUGAACCUGAAUUCCAAUCCAGCUGGAAGACUCAGUUUGAUCAAAAAUCCACAUAUCAACAGGACAAUGAAAAAGAGCAAGAAGUGACCAUCACUUCCAAAGCGAUUCUUGAAAGUAUCAAAUGGCCCGAUUCCGAAAAAAGGGACGACAGUGACAGCGACAAUGAUGUGCCUGUUGAAACAGUCAGUGUUACCACAGGUUUCUUGAGAACCUUUAUUGAACAAGCAUCUUCAGACCACCUGCGCCAGCUGCUGAAAUUCUGGAUCGGGUGGGAGGUGCCUGUAGGAAGAUUAAAACUACAAGUUGUAAAAUCAAGAGGGAUGAACCAUCUCCCAACCUCAAGCACUUGUUUCGAACGCCUUCGAAUUCCGAACCAUUAUAAAACUUACCAGGCUUUUAAAGCUGAUAUCAUGGCUUGUUUGGAAUCUGUGGAAAGUGGUUUUGGGCUUGUGUAG